UAUUUUGAAGAUGUAGGACUGUGCAGAUAGACUGUUUUGUUGUCUGAGGAGCUUCUGAACUGUUGGAGAACCAGAACGUUCCGACGGAGUUCUGCUGCUUAACUCGAAGGUUUUCCUGAUGGAGUCUCUGCCGGUGAGGAGGAGGUCAUGUCUGCUGCGGCUCAGAGAGAACUGUCCUUUCAGGAACCUCCGCAGGAGAACUUACGAUGUGUCAGCAGCAGCCUCCUCUCAAACUGGUCCAAACUGGAAUAACAUCAGGCUGCCCGCUACCAACCAGCCAAUCAGCACAAUCUAUUCUCCAGACGAAUCAGAGGCCAGCGUUGACAUGGAAGAAAGUCCUCCACCUGUAGAAAAUCAGCAGAACCAGCAGCAGAAUCAGCAGAACCAACAGCACAAUCCAGACAACAGAGAUGAAGAUUGUAUGGAACUCGAUGAUGUUGACCCUGAAACUGGAGAGCGAGCACAAGGAUGACCCCGUCCCUACCUGUCAGUCACUGCUGCCCCGCCCCCAUACAGAUACACCUGGAUUUGUCUCUGUGUUUUACCAUGAAUACAAGGAACUUGAAAGCUGAGAGAUUUAACUUUUUCCCUGCUGUCACCUGAAUCACCUGUGCUCACCUGCAGCAGGUGUCUGAAGUUCCCAACAGACUUUAAUAUGGUUGUAUCUAAAACGGUCAACCUCUAGUUUAAAUGUCUGUCUUCUGACAGAAUUAAUUUCAGGUCUGAUGUUCUCCUAUAAACAGUUAUCAGUU